AUGGUUGAAAAUUGUGCAGGAAGCACUCCUGGCCCCUUACCUACAGCAUGUACAGUCCUCGUGGUGGGAGGAGGUCCUGUAGGCCUGAUUCAGGCUCUGCUGCUGGUACGCCUGGGCAUUAACACUGUCGUAGUCGAAAAGUACCCAAAUCGCCUCACAGUCCCCAAGGCUCAUGUUAUCAAUCCAAGAACUCUAGAGAUAAUGCGCCAAUUUGGAAUCGGUGUCGCCCGUUUACGGAAGUCUGCUGCAGACAGCAACGACGCUGGUUACGUUUGGUUUCUCAAUACCCUGGUGGGAUCAUUGAUUGGUUGCAUACCCUAUGAACGUCAGGAUCCUGCAGCAUACGAAAUUACCCCAGAGCCAAUUUUGAACGUCCCUCAGCCCGAGUUCGAGCUAUUCCUCCGUGAAGAGUGUAAGCGGCACAGCGUGCAGCUUUUCGACGGAUUUGAAUGGGUCAUGAAAGACAAGUCAGCAUCCUGGGUGAAAGACCGGCGAACGCAGCAGAUUCAGCCCAUCGAGCACAAGUAUCUUAUUGCUUGUGACGGGGCGAGAAGUGCUGUCCGAGAGUCUAUUGCUAUCUCCUUCGAUGAAAAACAACCGCCAGUGGAAAUGAUGACCUUUCACUUUGAUGCAGAUAUAACAGGUCUAGUCAAACAUCGAAAAGGUGUUCUUUAUUUCUUCAUCAAUCCGGCCGUGCGCGACUACGCGGUCAUUGUUUCUCAUCGGCUCACAAACAACCAUGUCCUUGUGGCAAAGUGUGGACCAGGGAUUCCUUUUCAGAGGGAAUAUUUCACCUCAGAAAUCUCAAAGAGCAUUAUCAACCGCCUGCUUGGGACUGACCGGAUAGAGUAUAAUGUAUUGGACGUCAAGCCGUGGCAUAUGUGCGUCAAUGUUGCUCGCUCUUUUCACCAGAACAACGUCUUCUUGGUUGGCGAUGCAGCUCACGCGUUUCCUCCCACCGGAGGUAUGGGCCUCAAUACGGGAAUUGGGGAUGCCCACAAUUUGGCAUGGAAGCUGGCAAUUGUCGAGAGAGGAUUGGCAAGCCCGUCAUUCCUAGAUACCUAUCAGAGCGAACGCCAACCGGUGGCGCACAUAAAUGCUGAUCAAAGCGCCCUCAAUCGAGCAAAGGUACAGCUUCUGCAAGAUUCGGUGGCGGAAGCAUUGCAUGACCUGCCAGACUUCAACGUCACCAAUGGCAAGUUCCAUGCAGCCACUGAUGCCGAAUGCCAACGUUUCACCCACCACCUCAACCAUCGUCUAACAAACCCUGUUACGGCCCCCUUGAUCGAGGCGGCCGUGGACGCGCAACGGGAUCAUUUCAAUAUGAUUGACCUCCAUAUCGGUUAUAUCUAUGGUCAACCGCGAGAUCCAGCCCGCAGUGUACAGGUUUUCACACCGUCGGCGAUCCCUGGGGCGCGUCUCCCACAUGCGGCAAUCCGUAAGCAUGAUGAUCAAACGUGCUCCACUCUUGACCUGAUCUCCCAUGAUAAAUUCACAUUGAUCAGGGCCACUCAAGAGAGCGUGGGAGUGCCUUCAUCGUUCGACAAAUUUGUCCAAACAGUGUCUCUUUCUCCUGAAUAUGUAUUUGAGGAUGGGGGAUUAUGGGAGGCUAGAGCGGGUUUGAGCGAGAAUCGGGCAUUGUUGGUCCGGCCAGAUCAGCAUCUUCUUGCUUAUGUCUCGUCGCCCCAGGAGAUCCUAUCUGCAAUAAAUGACUUCUGUCGCACAGAGACAUCGAUACAGUGA